CCCCUCCCUGAUAAAAAUAAUUGGUCUGUGUUCUAUGCGGGUUCUCCAUUGCAUGUGAAGCAAUGGCGGACUACACGAAGACUUCAGAGGGUCGUUGAACCGACGUUCAAGUCCAAAGUAUCUUAGGAGGAGCCGUUGCAAAUUCUUUUUCUUAGCUGUUUCCUCUAAGCUUUGAGGUAUCUACAACAUCACUGGAAGAGCUCAAAACUUCUGAAAGAUCGAAUUAGAACGUAAAAAGCCAAACAGUGAGUAGUUACUAUUCGUGACCACAAAAGCUUUAAAACAACCACACGGCUGCAUUUAUUGGUAACUUGUUUUAAUCACCAACACUUCGUCUUCUUGGUAAGAUACAAAUAAGCCAACGGCAACUGAAGUGCAGAAACAGUUUUUUUGCUUCGCCAAUAGAGCCAGACGCAAGAGCUACAUUAAGAUGAAUAACUCUUCACUGAUCUUAAACAACGCCGCUAUUAACAACAUCCCAGGAUAUUAUUGUAAGUACUGGGAACCUGACACACAGCUAGAGUAUAAUGCAAAACGCAUCACUGUGAUACUGUUGGUGACAUUGGGACUUGCAGGAAACAUCUUUGUCAUAGUACUCGCUVUGAAAUWCACAGUACGCAAGAACCUGCAUCAUUUGAUCAUCAACAUGGCCGUGUCAGAUUCUCUCUUCAUUCUUAUAAGGCUGAUAGAUAACGUAUUGUUAACAUAUCCUGAUGGUAUCCUUGGUGAUAUUCUCUGCAAGACAAUGGGUUUUCUUGGCCAAGUCUCAUAUAGAGUCUCCUUUGUUACCCUUUUGAUAAUCAGCAUCGAACGAUUCAGAGCAACAAGAAGAACAUUUCAAAGGUCACGUGCUUACACAUUAAGACAACGCGUUGCAGUARUCGGUAUCUCCUGGUUGAUUCCUAUGACAUUGCAGUCUUACAGUUUGUAUUACCGUAUUUUGUCAGAAUGGGGGCAUUGUAUUUCUAUGGAGUAUAAAGUCUAUUAUAACUUUACUUUGAUCUCUUUUUAUUUGAAAAUUAUUUUUACGAUUGUAAUAUACGCACUUAGUAUUUUAACAAUAAGACGACUGUCCAGACCUAUUGCCAUCCACGCCCAUCUCAACCAAGAACAAAGAGAAGCUAGAGCUCGUCGAACACAAGCAGCAGUACGAAUGGUUCAUGCAUCCGUAAUGCUGUAUACGUGUUGUUGGCUUCCAUUGUUCAUUCUGGAUAGUGUUUUAGUGGAUCGUUGGGGUAGUACAUGGAUUCACACAAACUGUAUUGACUUCAAGUCACUUAGGUUUAUCAUAGGUACAAUCUUCCCUCUUUUCAACAGUUGUUUCAGUCCGUUUAUUUAUAUCAUAUUUCUGUCUGACUUUCGAGAAGGAGCAAGGAAGGUACUGUGUAGAAAAACCGACAGAAACGAGAACAGAAGAAACUCAAUGGAACUGCGACAAAUGGCAAAUAAUCCGCUAUUAGAGCCUGAGGGGAGAAGAAGAAGAAGAAGAUAUUCCAAUGACGAAGAAGAGCAACAUGUCUAAAAUAUAACCAGUGACGUGUUUGUCAAGCAAUGCAGAAGAGUGAGAUUAACGAUGUUGAUAUUCAAGAACAUGAUAAAACUGUUAACGAAGUAAUUGCAUAAUGCUAAAGAAGUUACGUUAUAAACACCAUGAGCCAUGAGAACGAAAUGUAAACAUGCAAAACGGCAGAACUUAAAACUCGAAGCUUUUGAUAGAGAUCGUCGUGCGGUGUCUAACCUCAAGAAUUACAUAUCAACGUAGAAACUGGAUAAACAUUUGUAGCACUGAGAAAGCUUGCUGUACAUUACCGCAACAGAAAUUAGUUAGUGAAUCAUUAAAUUGAAUGAUAUAGAAACUGAACAAGAUCAUUUGAUAAUUGCAGAAUGCAAAAACCGCCAAAAUUAAAGCAGUUCCAGCCGCGUUUCUAAGGUUUAUUUUGGUACCAAACAUGGCGAAUAAAUUAAAUGGAAAGAAAUUGGAAGAUCGAGGCCAAUUAUUCGGGUGAAACUCGAGUCUUCUCCAGCCAUUUCACCGUCAAGUUUAGUUGAAUGAUAGAAACUGAACAAGAUCAUUUGAUAAUUGCAGAAUGCAAAAGGAGGAGGUUUAUCGUCAGCGUGCACCUCCCCAAUCAAGCAAAAUUUCAGUUUUGAGAGAACUMGACUAAAAAAUGUAUUGAUUCAGCGGAGGGAGGGGUGAAUUAAAAAGCUAAACUAUUUAAAAUGAGUCUAGUUUUUGCGCAUCACCCGUGAAGUUCCUUGGCUUCUUCUCUGUCCAUUCAAUCAUUGUCCAUAAAAGCCUUAGUACGUAACGCUUUUUAAAGAUCGUCUUAAGUUUAUAAUAUGCUAAAUACAAUAUUAUAUGAAACACUAUCAAUCACCGUAGGCCGACAGCAACAAUGAAACUUCAGUUUUAUAUUAAAACACAUUGUUUACUU